AUGGACUUAUCGAACGGAGAGGUGCCAAUAAUCCGCGGCUUUGCUCCGGAUCCCUCGGUCGUCCGUAUAAACGAUACCUAUUUUCUUGUAACGUCCUCCUUUCAUCUAUUUCCUGGGCUUCCUAUUUUCGCUUCGAAAGACUUGAUCUCUUGGGCGCAUAUCGGCAUUUCAAUACACUGUGCAUUUUGA